GUUUGAGCCCGGAAACACGUACCACCUCCCACAGCUCCGACGAAGGGAGCGUGUCUAAAAUUAAUGGUUCCGUCCGACCGCGGGUCGAUCCGUGUGAGACACGAAGAGACAACGUCAACACUGCAGGUGUCAAAGUCUACGGAAAUGUGAUUUGAAGGAGCCGCUUUGCUCCAGAGGCCCUGAAAUCCAGUCGAAUCGAGUGAACGAAGGAAGGUGUGUCAACCAGAAGAGAUGGCAGAGCAGGACACAGCAGACUUGAAGGUAGGCAGCACCCAAUCCAUCAGCUUGAGUCAGGAUCCAGCAUGUGACGAGUCCAAACUGAAGGAGACUGACUGUGCAGGGGAUGUAACAGAAGAACAGUCUAAAGUAAUAAACUCGGAUUCACCGCCUACACCUGCAGACGGAGGAGCUGAAAUCAGCGGCACCCAAGGCACGCAGCCGACUGAAGUUGAAGGUCGAGGUUUGGACAACAAGCCUGAUGUGGAGAAGAGCUGCAGUGCUGAGCAUAAUGACAGAAGUCAUGGUGAUCACAGAGGAAACGCCCUGAAACCUGAUGACUUUUCAGAUGCAGAGACCAUUGGCCCUCAAGAAAAGACCCCUGAACCCACAGCUUCAAAGGCAACUGGAAUUCCUGGAGAAGAAGACCACAGUGGGAAGAAGGAAGGACGAGAAAGGAGCCCCUCACCAGCCCUGAAUGACAGAGGAGACCACAAUGGGGAGAAGACAGCACCAGACGAUGUAGAUGGUCAGGAAGCUCACGUAAAUGAAGAGCCACAGAGCGGAGAUGACACACUUACUGGAGAGAGAGAGGAGGAUUCAAGGGUAGUGGGAGACGUUCCUAACUUGGCAAAGGACGUCAAGAAUAGCACAGCGUCCCUGCUUAAGACACAUGGCCAGAAACACACUGUGAAGAAGGAGAAAGAAGAACAGAAUAGUGGAGAUGCACAGACCAUUGGCCCUAAAGAGGAGACCCCUAAAGAGGAGACCCCUAAAGAGGAGACCCCUAAAGAGGAGACCCCUGAAUCUACAGCUCUAAAGGCAACUGGAAUUCCUGGAGCAAAUGUAAAAUACUGGAUGCUAGUUGUGAUUGUAGCACUUUGCUCUGUCCUGUUGCACCAUCUUUACCAGUCUGAGACUCCUCCUGAGAAGAAAGAUGUGCGGCAGGUAGACAUUUUCCUCAGGGAGUUGGAAAUAGUAAAGACUCAGUUCCCCAGCCAGCGUUCUGAGCUGUGGAGGAGGAGCAGGAUUCACUUGGCGAGGCACCUCCAGACGGCGCAGCCCACAGAGCCAGUCAGCCUGAUCCUGACUGCUGGCACUAAAGCUGAGGGGACGCUGCACUGCCUGGCUCAAGCCCUGGCCUCCGCUUUCUCUGCCGCCCUCAACUCCUCUGUCCUCCACAUCGACGGAGCCAGUAAAGCCAACCAGGACAGCGACCAGGUCAAGCUGGACAUCGACAGCCAGCUGCGGGCAGCUUUCGAAGGUGACAAGCCCGUGGCUGUCGUGCACCGCUUUGACGAGCUGCCUCCAGCCUCCACUCUCAUCUUCUAUCGCUACUGUGACCAUGAAAACGCUGCUUACAAGAAGACGUCUCUGAUGUUCACAGUGCUGCUGGGGGGAGAAGAUGAGCUUCCUGCACAUCUUGGUUUGAGUGCUGUGGAGGAGAUGGUGGACGACCAACUCAAAAAAAAGUUCCUCUCCUCCAGCCACACCAUUGCUUUUGACAGGAUGGACCUUGACAAGUAUGGUGGACUAUGGAGCCGCAUUUCCCACCUCAUUCUGCCUGUUGCAUCAGAGAAGAGGAUAGAACAUGAUGGAUGUUAAGAGACAUAAAGAGACUUUGUUUGAAUUUAUGCUCAUGCACCAAAUUUUGCCUGUGCAUCAGAUCCUUCCCAGGGUUCUUACAGUCAUCUUCAGGUUAGCUUCAGUGAUAUGAUUCAUGGGUAUAUGGUAUAUAAUAUUACUCACUUAAGGCUAAGAAGGAGGAGCAACAUCAUGCCGCGAGAUAUCUCUGUAAAAAUGUCUGUGGGCAUUUAGCAUGCAACAGAUUUUUAAAAAAUUGAUCUCCGAAAUUUUUGACAAAACAAAGUUGGCUCUUGCACUUUACAUUUUAAUUCCAUGUUUUUAAAUUUACAAAAUGGUAAAGUGAGCUCAGAAAAAUGAUUGCAUAUGGUGUAAAUGUGGAUUUUGUUUUUAAAAUUUCUGAUAACUGCUGUAUGCUUAAAAGUAUAAUGGUAGACUUUUGUUGUAUGGAUGGCAUUGAUCACAAAGAGUUAACACCGUUCUUUUUGGAUCAGCACACAGGAUGUGAUUGUUUUGUAAUAAGCCAGAUUUUUCUCUGAAAAUCUAUUAUCUGCGACACCAAUUAGCCUAUCUUUUAUAAAAACUUGUUUUAAUUUAAGUAAUAUAUAGUUCACCAUCACAGUGAUAACAGAAGCAAACAAAUGCAUCAAUAAAAUGUGCCUUAAAAUGCAAAUAAACUUGCAAAUUUUU